AUGACUUUGUCAACCAAACCAAAUACACCCAUGGGUUCUCCAGUAUCUCCGACAAUAGCCGACAUGGUUUUACAGGAGAUUGAAAACGAAGCGGCAAAAUCUUUGCAAUUAGCUUUUUAUUUCCGUUACGUGGACGAUAUAUUGUUAGCAACUCAAUCCGACAAGUUGCAAGAAACACUGGAUGUAUUCAAUUCCUUCCAUGAACGCAUGCAAUUUACUAUGGAAGAAAGCGAGAAUGAUCAACAACAACGAAGAAGAAGGAAAUUUAAACAUCGUAUAAAUUAUUUUGAGGAAUUGGACGAUGUAGACUUUAAAAUGCGAUUCCGAUUGAAUAAACAAUCGGUAUUGUUAGUGUUAGAAGAAAUAAGAGGAGAGUUAGAAUUUUUAACCAACCGAAAUCAUGCCGUAUCUCCUAUGGAACAAUUAUUAUUAACACUUCGCAUUUAUGCUACCGGAUUAUUUCUUAUAACAAUGGGUGAUUUUUCUGGUGUAAGCACAACAUCUGCCCAUUAUAUAAUUCAUAGAGUCAGUGCAGCUAUUGCCAGACUACGACCUCGUUAUAUCCAGUUCCCAAGUACUGAAGAAAAAAUAAGAAAAGAACAAUUAUGCUUUUAUAAUAUUGCUGCCUUUCCAAGAGUCAUUGGUUGCAUGGAUUGUACUCAUGUACAUACGUGUGGGGAAAAUGCUGAACUUUUCCGCAAUAGAAAAGAUUACUUUUCUUUAAAUGUUCAAGCAGUAUGUAAUAGCAAUUUAGAAAUAACAAAUGUAGUUGCUCGUUGGCAAGGAUCAGUACAUGAUAGCACUAUUUUUAAUAAUAGUCGUUUACCUAAGAGCGGUCAUGCCAUGGAGGACUGGAGAGAGCAUAUCGGUGGUGGGGGUUUCAUCUAA